AUGGGUGAGGCAGAGUCACAUACAGGCUUCGGUUAUCUACGAAUUAAGAGAGCCGACCUUGUGGACGUACAUCUGGAAGGAGCUCGGGCUGCCUCCAUUCCAAUCCGUUUUAAUACGAGAGUCAUUCGUAUGGAAGAACGGGAUGAAUCCGCUAAAGUCAAGUUUUCAGACGGAACAGAAGACACUGCGGAUAUGAUAUUUGGUUGUGAUGGUAUUCAUUCUUACGUCCGCUCGGCCCUUUUUGACCCUCAACCGGCCCCGAAGUAUUCGGGCAUCGCGACUCUGAUGUCGACGGUGCCUGUAUCGGAAUUGUCUCUGGAAACAAGAAGUCAGAUUAUUGGCAUUGAAGCCACAGUCUUAACAGGUGGAGUUUUAAAAUUUACUCCAUGUACUGCAGCGGAGGACGAAAUAUUCUGGGGGAUAUCACGUCAAGUUGCGCUGCCUAACUCGGACGGGGGUCAUUUAGGAUGGCAAGUGCAUGGAGAAAGUGAAACAGAGGCUUUGAAGUCCAGUCUGCUCGAAAAUUUACAUGAAUCCAGGGGGGCAUGGGGAGAUGCUAUGAGAGAGGUUAUCCAAAAGAGCCCUACGUUGGAGUUUUAUCCAAUACACCGACUGCCAAUUAGGAAGCCUUGGUUCAACGGACGGUGUCAUCUUCUUGGAGAUGCCGCUCAUCCAAUGCCACCACACGCUAGUCAAGGCGUCUUGAUGGGAAUGGAGGAUGCUUUUCUACUGUCUCGUCUUUUGGAAGAUCCACAUCGCCCACUUGACGAAGUUUACGAGAAAUUUGAGGAAAUUCGACGACCUCGAGUUAAUGAGAUCUACGCACAUGCUGCAUGGCAUACAACCCUUCGAAAGAGAUCAAGCGCCCUGAAUUUGCGGGAAAAGGAGCUCAACAUUGCCAUGUCGAUGUCGCUUUCUUGGGCGUUAGGCCAGGAUAAAUGGAGGUCAAAGCAGAGCUACGACAUUGACGGGGUGGAAAUAACGCCCACGGCUCACUAA